AUGUUGGCCUGUUUCUUGCUAGGCAGUGCUGUGGCCUAUAACCUAGUCAUGGUUAUUUAUCGUCUUUAUUUCCACAAGCUCAGUAGGUUCCCAGGGCCUCGUCUUGCUGCCGCAACAGGGUUGUAUGAGAUUUAUUUCUCUGCCUGGGGUCCUGGCAUUUUUGAGAAUGAGAUUGACAAUAUGCACCGAAAGUUCGGUCCGGUUGUCCGUAUUACUCCCGAUGAGGUCCACAUCCAAGAGCCGUUCGGGUCUUUCUCUGACUGGAUCAAAGGUACCGGGAAACUGGAAGCUGGUGAUUACCAAGGAAGCGAUGGUUUCCAGAGACCAGUCUCCCGAGUACGAUCUUUGCUCCGGAUGGAAGUCGACCAUAUUAUCAACGCGUUGGAGAAACAUCGGGUGCACAGAAUGUCUAGCUCAAGGUUUCGACGAUCGUUUUUCUCCCGGAGUCAGCCAGUCGGAGAAAGUGAAGGAGAUGCUCGUCCUUCUAAGUUUACCCCAACACUGUGA